GGGAGCGGGCAGGCCCGGCCGCCGCCGCCGCCGUCAUUUAAAGCGCGCCUCAGCCCCUCAGUCGGUUCGGGCCGCGGGAGCCUGGCCGGUCGGUCGGUCCUCCUCUCGCCAUGGUGAAGAAGGAAGGCCAGGAAGAGCCCGGCCGAGGCGGCGGCGGCGGCGGCGGCGGCAUCAGCGAGGAAGAGGCGGCGCAGUAUGACCGCCAGAUCCGCCUCUGGGGGCUGGAAGCGCAGAAACGCCUCAGGGCAUCGCGGGUGCUGCUGGUGGGCAUGAAAGGCCUGGGAGCAGAGGUGGCCAAGAACCUCAUUCUGGCGGGAGUCAAAGCUGUGACUAUGCUUGACCAUCAUCAGGUUUUGCCAGAAGACACGCAGGCACAAUUUCUGAUCCCUGCUGGUUCGUUGGGCAAGAACAGAGCAGAAGCUUCUCUGGAGCGAGCUCGAGACCUCAACCCUAUGGUUGACGUGAAAGCGGACUCUGAAAACAUUGCCCAGAAGCCAGAAGAGUUCUUCACCUGUUUCGAUGUGGUCUGUUUGACGUGCUGCUCCCAGGAGAUCCUUCUGAAGGUCGAGCAAAUAUGCCAGAAGAACAAUAUCAAAUUCUUCACAGGCGAUGUCUUCGGUUACCACGGCUACAUGUUUGCCAACUUGGGCGAGCACGAAUUUGUGGAGGAGAAGACAAAGGUCGCCAAAGCCAGCCAGGGGGUGGAGGAUGGACCUGAAACAAAAAAGGCCAAGCUGGAUUUCACAGAGACCACCCUGGUGAAAAAGUGUGUGGCUUUCUGCCUCCUGAAAGAAGCACUGGCUCUCAGCUGGAGCAGCGAGAAGGCUCAAGCUGCUCUUAAGCGCACUGCCCCAGAUUACUUCCUGCUGCAAGUGCUGCUGAGAUUCCGGACAGAAAAGGGUCGUGAUCCUUCCCUGCAGAAUUGUGCAGAAGAUGCAGAGCGGCUCCUGCAGCUGCGCACUGAAGUGCUGGGGUCUCUGGGUGUGGCCGUUGACCUGCUUCCAGAUGACUUUGCCAGCUACUGCUUUUCCGAAAUGGCCCCUGUCUGUGCGGUCGUGGGAGGCGUCCUCAGUCAGGAGGUGGUCAAGGCCCUGUCUCAGCGGGAUUCUCCCCUCAACAACUUCUUCUUCUUCAAUGGAAUGAAGGGUAGCGGGAUAGUGGAGUCCCUUGCCCCCACCUCGGAGUCCGGGCCAUGACCCCCCGACUCCUGGAGCAACGGCAGGGGUCCCACGGUCUUCUGUCAAGACUUUGUCUCACUGAGUGCCCUGACCCCACACCACCAAAGGUGGCCUCGGGAGACCUGGUCUCGGGUCCAGGCCGGCUUGGAGAGAAGUUGAGCGGCCAAGCCUCGCUUUCUCGUCCCUUUACCCUGUUGCCUCUGUUGUUUGAUCUCUGAAUAAAGCCUUUUUAAAAAAAAGAACAAAGGUCA